AAGCCCUUUGGGUGAUCAGAAGCACCGCACAGUUGGAUCCAGAAGGACAUGGCAAAUGCUGCAGGCCGCCGCUCCAGCCUGGGGCCGCCAAGCAGACCGCCGCAGCCGCUGGAGAGAGCAUUGGACUGGCCGCUGAGCAAGGAUGAGAAGCGACACUGUGCUAUGAAGCUCUUCCAAAUGGAGAUCGAGGACAAUGAGGACGAGAUUGAGGACAAGUUGGAGCAGAUCGACGAGCUGCAGCAUGAGGUCAAGGUGUUGCGCCGCCUCAGCACCCAGUCCAUUGCCACCACUGCCACCAGCAUCUCCCCCCGGUCGGAGGAGGCGGUCCAGCCGGAAUUGCAGGAGGAGGCCCCAGCUCCACCCGAAUCUCCGGAGGACCUGCCCUACGAGGCAUCUUUGCGCCAGGCGCUGGUGACCUACCUGAGCGAGAGGAGCCGCCUGGGCCUAGAGUCCCAAGCCAAGAAGCCGCCGAAACAGAUUGCCCACUACUACGGCGACAGCGAGGAUCACGUGGCCUUCUUCUGGAAUUCGGCGAGGGACAAGGACAGCCUCUCCAAUUUGGAAGCGGUGCUUUGGCUGAUGCGAUCUUUGCCUGCCAGCCCACCCGUGCCAGCUCAGAGCCGGGCAAGGCACUGGCGCCACAUUUUGCUGCGCCCGGACCGUACCCGGAAGGGUUACAAUGAGCUGCGCGCCCGCGCCCUGGCACUUCCGCAGGCGCAGGAGCUGCAGCAGGAGGUGCAGCUGGAGCUGAAGACUGCCUGGAAGGGCGAGGAGCUCAUGGCCACGCCGGGCCUUGCGGAAGCGGCCGCCGCGGUGUCGCUGACCAUCUCCGCGCCGAAGGGUCGGCACCUCCGGGGAUCCGUGCAGGUGGCAGCUCUGCUGAUCUACGGCCUAUUGCCGGACAGCGCGUCCUUGGCUGAAGCAGAGACGGACGCCUUCUGGUGCUUCUUCCAGCUGCUCACGGAGAUGCGCAGCGGCGAGGAUGAGGAGAGCCGAACCUUCCGCGCACGGCGGGUGCGGGAACUGCUGAAGAGCUAUGAUCUCGGCCUCGUGGAGGCUCUGGACGGGCAGGGGCUGAUGGUCUUCGUGGCCACUCGCCUGGGGGAGGCCUUCUGCUCCAGGGGCGGCUUCCCCUUGGAGAGCUGCGCACGGCUCUGGGACGUCGUUCUGGCCGAUCCGCAGCGCUUCGGCUUCUGCGACUUCCUGGUGGCGGCGCUGCUGCUGCUGCGGCGCAACGAGCUCUUGCGCGUGAGCCACGACGCCGAGGGCCUGGCGGAGGCGCUGCUGGCGCUGCCGCGGAGCGUCCCCGUGGAGCGGGCGCUGCGCCUGGCGCGGGCGCUCAGGGCCUUGGACCGCAGAGAGAAGCGGGCGGCGCAGGCGCUCAAGGCUCACGACUCGUCGCAGGACGAGCCCGGCGUCAUUAAGGUGAUCGGCUCGCUCUUUGGCCGCAUGCGCGAGAAGGGCGCCGACGCCUUGGAGGCUGGCCGUCACGUGGCGCGCUGCGCCUGGCCUCGCGCGUGCCCUGAGCCCGAGAAAGUCCAGGAGGAGGAGAUGAAGCCUUUGCGGCGGGAGUCCAACAAGAAGGACUGAGGUCUGUUGGUCACGGCCUACAGUCGGAUUCCGUGGUCUAAGCAAUCCCUUGUCCUAGACCUGGGACGACUUGGAUGCGACACCCAACUUCGCAGGUGCCUGACUGAGUUUUUUGGACCGGGCUCGAUCCCGGAUGACCGGAUUUGGGAGCUGGCAUGGGAACAUGAAGCUUGGUUGCAUGGGC